CUCAGACGCUCGCUGCCUACACACUUUGCUGUCCAAACCUCAGCAAUGCUACAGUCGCUGGUAAAGUAAGAGAAUCCUGCAUCCGCUCUGCCGCCCCUCACUCACGGACACACACUUGGCCGUCAUGGAGGAAGCCGACCUGCUGAAGGAGCGACUCCAGGCCAUUACGGACAAGAGGAAAAUCCGGGAAGACAUCGCCAAGAAGAGGCGGGAAAUUGAAGAGGAGAAGCUGAAACUGCAGUAUAUUAAGAAGAAAGCUCUGAGGGAGCAAUGGCUGAUGGACGGACUGAGUCAGCAGACGGAGGAAGAGCUGGAGGCGAUGAAGCAGCAGGCGCUGGACGAGCAGCAGCAGAGCGACCAGCUGCAGAGCAACAUCCUCAGGAUAGAAAAAGAGAUUUCAGACCUGGAAAACGAAGAGCUGCAGCUGUCUGCAAACGAAGAAGUGAUUCUGAAGCGACUGAAAGAGGUGGAGCGCACCAACGAGGACAUCAUCAAGAGAGUGUCCGUGGAGAGGGAGGCAGAUGGAAAAGAAGUGAACAAAGCUUGCAGCGAAACAGAAAAUCUGAACUUCUCUGUUACCAUGGAAACCGCCGAACAAUCAGGGAUGGCAAUGGACUGUGAAGUGGAUCUUACAGGGGUUGAGUUACCUGAAGCAGAGAGGGAUUUUGUUCCCAACAACGAGGAGGUUUGUUUGGAGGCCGACUUAUCGGAAGUCUCCGGGGAAAAGACGGAGCCGCGCGCGUUAUUAACUGAGCUUCCCGAGGAAGCCGCUGAGACUGGCAAUCUCCCCUCUGCCAGCCCUGAGUGUCCUGAGGUGCCUCUCCCCGAUCAUAACCACGCUUCUGUGUCUGAGCCCGCGCAAGAACUUAACAGGAACGAGUCUGUAAACUCGUCUGUGUCAGACACGCCGUCCAGCGCAGACAGCGUUUAUGAGAUUGAAGCUCAUCGUAAGACUCAGGAAACUCCAGUGCAAGAGCCCCAGCUGGAGCAGGGUGCUAAACCGGAGCCGGCCCCGAGGUCAGAGCAGAAUACUCACCUAGGAUUGGAGCCAGAGUCAGAGCAAACCCCGAACACUGAGUUGGAUCCAGAGCCGGAUCUUCAGUUGGAUCAGUUCCCUGAGCCAGAACAAGAUUUCGAGCCGUGUCCUGAGCCAGAUGAAACCCUUGACCCAGAGCUAGAGCAAUAUCCUGAGCCUCAACCAGAUCCUGACCUAGAUCUGGAUGAGUUCCCUUCGCCUGACAUGGACGAGUUCCCUGAACCAGGUCCAGACGUGGAGAACGAUUUUGAUGGGUUCCCUGCUCUAGAGCAAGAAGCAAUAGAGUCAGUUCAAGCUAUUGACCCGGAUGACUUCCCUGACCCAGAUGCCGGGUACAUUGAUCCAAAUCUUGAUGACGGUUACUGUAAUCUGGACCUAGAGGAUCCUGGCAUCAAUCCUGACCCUGAAGGUUCUGCUUUGGAACAGUGUAUCAGAGACGAAGCAAUGUCCGAUAUGUCGAGCGAAUCCGGCCUUAACCCCGAUGAAAUGGAUGAAUGUCUCCAGGUUGAGAUCGCAGCAGCCUCGUCUGACAGUGAUGCAGACGAGAAGUGGAGAACUAUUUUCUCCUCGUCCAUAAAUAAGGAAGACGAUGACUCAUACCUGGACAGUCUUCAGCUGAGCGCUCAGGAGCUCUUUGUGCAGAAAGUUGAGGUGAUUGACUAUGAUGAAGCAGACAGCAACUACUGCCACGAGGUCCAACUUGAGGUGCCCAAUGUCAAAGAGGUUCCUCAACAAGAUGGCAUUUCUGCUGUCAGUCCACCUCAGGAGGUAAACUGCACGCCUCUGGGUCGACAAGGUUUGUCCAAAAUCUCUGAGGAUGACAGCGAAAACGGAAAAGAUGUGAAUCACAACGACACCGUCCACCGGCAGCAGUCUCAGCACAGCAACGCUGAUUCUGACAAGAAGAUCCCCAAAGACUUCUGUGUCAUCCAGGAGACCAAAAGUGAGAACGUCAGCACCGAACACGUGGACUUCCAGCUGGCCCGAAAACAGUGGCGAGACAUGGAGGAGCAGACCAAGAACAAGGUCUACGUGCCGACGACCAAACAGCCAAGCUUCCACGGCAGCCACAGCUUCAUGUACACGCCCGUACGCAACAUCGAACGAACCCAGAAGAGAACGCGGGAUUUGGAGAGCUUGAAUUUGGUCGGGGAUUACAGCCACACUCAGUUCAGCCCUUGCUCAGAAGACUCUGGCCUGGAUGAUUCCAGCUAUCGGUCCCCCUGUGACGACCUGGAAACCCCCGUAGAAAGGGAGAUUCGUAUCUCGAUGGAGCGAGAGGAGACCUUCAGGCGGGAGAGGGCUUUCACCAGGAUGGGCAAGUCUACCGACUGUGCUCCGUCCCGAGGGAUGCCCAGGUCCAUCAGCACACCCCUGACGCCGUCGUUCGUCAUCACCUCCUCCCCCACUCGGGAACCAGUGCGGCACGAAAUGACGGCGAACAACGUCAUCAUUCUGGAUCCAUGCAACGAUGCGACGGCGGGUCCGCGGCAGGUUCCGGACAUCUCUGCGCCGCUGUCUGACGACGGCACCUCCAACCUCAUCAUCCUCGAAACAUCCAAUCUCAUCAUUCGCAGUGCCUCCGAGUUCUCUCUCAACAAGGUCUGUGAGCAGCCGCAGGAGAAGAUGUUCCUCAACAACCCCUUCUUCAAGCUGCGGUCACGAAGCACCAUUUCUCUGGUGGACGAGGAGAUCAAGAUGGUCAAGCAGAGGGAGGAGGAGCUGAGAAAAGAAAGAGCAAGCCUGUAUGCUAAAGACAGAUUCCGGGCUGAGAGGAUGUCUCUCAACAUUGACACGUUAUCGUUCGGCAACUCAGACGACGUACCAAUGAAGUGCAAGUCUUCGCCAUCUUCUCCGAUGAAGACUGGGGCCAGGAUGGACCGUUCAACAUUGUCAUGCGAUCACAGACAGGGAUUGUCCUUGAAAUAAUCCCAGUUUUAGGUUAAGGAAACUCCGGUACUGUCUGGCAUCUGACUUGUUGCUCAACCUCAGAUGUGAGGGCUCAGAAGUCUGGAGGAGACCCAGGAGCUGGACGUAAAGAUAGCCAAACACAAAGUGAAACUUAACUGAAGUAUAUUGUUAAUCCAGCAAGGCUAACACAAAUAGGUUGCAGCGUAAACUAACUAGUGCUAAAGGUGUGUCCAACAGAGCAGCUACAGUGCUCAGGAGUCCAGGAAUAAUGGUCCAAAAGGGUCCAGGAACACACAACAGGUUCGGCACGAAUAACAAGAACACAACAGCAGGACCCAUCUGACAAGUUGCUCCUUUGAGAGUGGGGAUGUCUCAACAAAACAAGGCAAAAUAAAAGUCUACAGAAGUGGUCCUGACGUACGGAGAGGAUAGGCCUGUUCCAUAGAGAGCAGUGAAACCACCCAUAGCUUUUCUUUCCCCUUCCACCUGUUGUGUUCAACAAAACUGUUUUGACACUCUUCAGUUCAGACGAUGCAGUACAAGUGUCAUGAGUUUUACAACGAUAGUGUCCUUCCAAGCAGGCGGCAGCUGCCAACUGUGCUGUUUGUCUACUUCCUACAUCGAUAAUAAAACUAGUAAAAACAGAGACACUGUGUGUUCUGAGUAAAAGAGACCAAUGGUAAACUAAAAUGGCAGCGAAGACAGAAACUGUUG